CUCCUCCCUGCGAUGCUCACCUUAGAGCAGGUGACACCGGCAAAGGAAUACAAAUUUCGCGCUGGCCGUGCUGAGGCGGGCCGUAAAGAGGGACGGACCGGAAGUGGCGGUUGUCAUAGCCACCGACGUGGUCGGCCUCUUCCCGAUCUUAUCCUGCUCUCAGUACUCCCGCUCUGUUUUUACCGGGACGGCGAAAUAGAACGAGAAAGUGCCGACGCAGCAGCUUCUCCAAAAUACAACCAGAGACUAUAACGACUGUGUUGUCCUGUUGAUUUGGGCGAGGACCAGACCGGAAAUGGUGGUUUCCAUGGUAACUCGGAGCGGGUUGCCUGGGAGAUGACCUCUUUCGGUCUCUUUGAAUCUCUGCUGUAGCGUCACCUCGAACGCCGAUCUAACAGAUCCUGGACUGUCUUCUGCCAUGAUUCCCGGAAAAUACCGCUCUGUUUCUGGCCGGGCUGCGAACAACGUAAACUGUGGGCUUCAUCUGGUUAUUCAAACAUCAUCUCUUCCUGAGAAAAACAAAGUUGAAUUCAGGCUAAAUAAAGAAACAUCAUCAUUCCCUGGUAGACUCUUACAACAUGACCUUGAGAAAAACUACUCAAGUAGGCAAGAUUCUACCAAGAAUUUAAACCAUGUAAAAUGAGUUCCAUCCCUCAAGGAAAUUAUAAAUUUAAUUGGGAAGACAAGAGCUGCAUAUGCUGUGAUCAUAUUAAUUUGGUGACCUCAUCAAUGCCAUCAUUUCCUAUUCUCCAACGUUCUUCUGAAGAGAAAAUUCUUUACUCAGACAGGUUGACCCUAGAAAGGCAAAAGCUGACAGUAUGUCCUAUCAUCGAUGGGGAAGAACACCUUCGUUUGUUGAACUUUCAACAUAAUUUUAUAACUCGGAUCCAAAAUAUUUCUAAUCUACAAAGGUUAAUAUUCUUGGAUUUAUAUGAUAACCAGAUUGAAGAAAUUAGUGGCCUUUCUACUCUGAGAUCCCUCCGUGUCCUUCUGUUGGGGAAAAACAGAAUCAAGAAAAUCUCAAAUCUAGAAAACCUAAAAAGCUUAGACGUCUUAGACCUUCAUGGAAAUCAGAUUACCAAAAUUGAAAAUGUCAAUCAUUUGAGUGAUUUGAGAGUUUUAAAUCUUGCCAGAAACUUUUUAAGUCAUGUGGAUAAUCUCAAUGGGCUGGAUUCACUAACUGAACUGAACUUGCGGCACAAUCAAAUCACUUUUGUGAAAGAUGUGGAUAAUUUGCCCUGCCUCCAGCGUCUGUUUCUCAGCUUCAACAAUAUAUCUAGUUUUGACAGUGUUUCCUGCCUUGCUGACUCUACUUCCCUCUCAGACAUCUCCUUUGAUGGCAAUCCAAUAGCUCAAGAGUCAUGGUACAAACACACUGUCCUUCAGAAUAUGAUGCAGCUGCGCCAGCUAGAUAUGAAGAGAAUCACAGAAGAAGAAAGGCGUAUGGCAUCUAUUGCAGCAAAAAAAGAGGAAGAGAAGAAGCGGGAAAGUCAUAAGCUAUCUUUGAUUAAGGAGAAGAAAAGGUUAACAAUUAACAACGUAGCUCGAAAGUGGGACUUGCAGCAACGAGUAGCCAAUAUUGCUUCAACUCAAGAUAGAAAAGACUCUGACUUUCCUUCUCAGGACCCCUGUCAGAUUGAUGGCAGCACCAUCUCUGCAUCUCCAGAGGAAACAGGGUCUCUAGACUCAGGACUCACCAGUGCUUUACAGGGUUUAUCUGUCAUAGACUCUCAUCUUGUAGAAGUGGAUGGAGAUACACUUUCCCUCUAUGGCUCUGGAGCACUGGAAUCUCUGGAUCGGAACUGGAGUGUUCAAACAGUAGGAAUGGUCACGACGGUCUCCUUCACUUUCAUAGAAUUUGAUGAAAUCGUCCAAGUGCUUCCCAAAUUGAAGAUUAAGUUUCCUAAUUCUCUGCACCUUAAAUUCAAGGAAACAAAUCUCGUAAUGCUGCAGCAAUUUAAUGCACUAGCACAACUCCGUCGUAUUGACCAGUUGACAAUUGAUCCUCAAGGAAAUCCAGUUGUCAAUUUUACACUCUGGAAAUACUAUGUACUGUUUAGGCUGAGCCAUUUUAGUAUGCAGAAAAUAAAUGGAACAGAGGUGACACAGAAUGAUAUGAUAAUGGCUGAAAGGCUCUUUGGAAUCCUAGCACAUGUAGCAUCUUCUGAGUUACCUCAGUACCGUGUUAUUUCAAUUCUGGGUGAUGCCAGGAAAAAGCAGUUCCGGUAUCUGCUAGAAACCAAAGGAAAAAAACCUGGUGUUGUCAAUGAAGAAAAUAAUGACAGCAAAAGACUUGUAGGAGAAAACACAAAUCGUGCUACACUAAAUUAUACCACAAGAGAAUUUUAUAAUGAAAAGCUAGAGGAAAUAAAGGAAAAAAAGAAAUUCUGCAAGCUGUAUAUAGAGGAUCUUGUGAAGGAAGCCACAGAAAUCAACAUGAAAAAUGAAGCUUUACAGAAGCUUUGGCCACAGCUGUUCAUUGAGCUUGUUAGGGAUGCAGUCAUAGAAAUCCGCAAUAAAAAUUCCUAUAUGAAGUUCUGCCUGCAGCAGAUAACUGACCAAAAAUAAAAAUAGCUUUUAGUAAUAGCUGAUUUGGGCAGCUUUCUUGUUUGAAGGCUAAAAAUAUGCAGGUUACACAUGUUAAAACAUUACCCCACAAACUAGAAAGUCUAGCAUCAAAGCAUGUAUUGCCCACUGUUCUCAUAGUUAAAGCAGGAGAAAGAGAGGAUUAACUUUCUAUAUGUGAAGACCAAACAACCUUUUGAAACUAAGUGGUCUUUAGAGACGGCUUGGCACUGCAUCUUCUGUCCUUGCUUGGAUUGGUGCCCCUGCUACAGCCCAAAGCACGUAGUAUUUGCUGAAGAUUCAGAAUGAGUUGCUUCUGCCUACUUUUCAGCUGAUAAUUUUCAGUUAUUCAUCUUUUUAUUUUAUGUCAUGAUGUAAAAGCCAAAAAUAUGUUCUUUUUUAUGAGUGAAGAAUAAACUUAUCAGUAAAUUAGUAAAAAAAUACGUUUGCCUUCUUAA